AUGGGUGAAGACAAUGACGAUGAUGAAGACAACAACAAUGAAGACGAUGAAGAUGUUCAACAUGAUGAUGAAAUUGAUACAAUGGGUGUUGGCUCAAGUGACGAGACACCUUAUACAAGUGAUGAUACCAUCGACGACUAUAGCGUUGAUGGGGAUGUAUCUGGAGACGAAGAAGAAGAAGGAGCCCAUGCACAAGGUCCUUUGGAGCAUCAACAACUUCUUAAUCUCGUCGAUGAUAAUGAAGAUUCUCUAAUGCCAUUCAAUGAAGUUCAAGAAGAUGUGGUCUUUUGGUCGAGAGAAAGAAAUGUGAUAGAAAAAGGAAUGUUUUUUCAAAGCAAGGCGGAACUUGUACACGCUGUUAGGCUUUGGAACAUAAGAGAAAAUAGAGAACUUAUUGUUAUGGAUACAAGGCCAACGUUUUGGAAAGCACAGUGCAUGACAAGGGGCAAGAAUUAUCGUGGUGUUCCGGACCGGGUCCCGUGUAGGUGGGUUGUAGUUGGAACAAGCAGAAACAAGUUAGGCAUGUUUCAGAUCACAAAGUGGGUGAAGAGUCACAAUUGCUAUGGAGAAGUGAUAUCUAACAACAACCGAUGUAUGAAAGCAAGUAUGAUUGCUUCUGAAAUUUUGCCUAACGUGCGGGAAGAAUUAACUUAUAAAGUCAGACAGAUCCAGGCGCAAGUAAAAGCAACUUUCAAUGUGGAUGUGAGCUAUGCCAAGGCGUAUGUUGCCGAAUUACAACGUUCUAACCCUGACACCGCUGUGGAAUGGCUCCAUUCGCCAACUAGUUCAAGCCACAUACAAGAAUUCAAGUUUGUAUUUUGGGCUUUUGGACCGGCGAUUAGGGCAUUCCAACGUUGUAUUCCAGUGAUCUUUGUCGAUGGCACUCAUUUGAAAGGCAACUACAAGGGUAAGUUGCUAACUGUAGUGACGAAGAACGCCAAUGGACAACUAUUGCCGGUCGCUUUUGCCUUGGUUGAUGAAGAGUCUAAUGAAAGUUGGGGAUGGUUUCUAACUCUCUUUCAACAGCAUGUCGCAUCGCAGCGGGUGGGUGAUUUGUGUAUCAUUUCAGACCGUCACCAAGGCAUACUUAAUGCAGUGAGCCAAAUUGAGGGGUGGCAUCAUCGGUAUUGUUUGAGGCACGUUUGUAGCAAUGUGAACUCACACUUCAAGAACAGGAAAAUCAAGAAUUUGGCUUGGGUUAUCGGUUCCACAUCCCAAUCAUCCAAGUAUACUUGGGUGGUGAGGGAAAUCAAGGGUGAAGAUGAUGAUGUUUGGCCGUAUCUGAGAAAUAUUGGUCUAGAUAAGUGGACUCUAAGGCACGACUCGGGGCUUCGCCGUUGGGGUAACUUAACGACAAACAUUGCCAAGUGCCAAAACAACAUCCUUGGUAAGGCUCGAAUGCUACCCAUUAGAGCUUUAAUUGAGACCACAUUUACCUGGACAAGAGACCAUUUUGUCAACCAAUACCGGAGGGCCAACAGUUGGAACCCACCACUAACUCCCAAAAUGUGGCAGGUUUAUCAGAUGCGUGAAAGAGCCUCAACAGGCCAUAGGGUGGAAGUGUUUUCUGAGCGAUCGGGAGUUUACACGGUCAUAACAAACCAAAGAAAUGCACAAGGCGAGAACACAUGCAACGUUGUCAUGGCGGCGAAUAGGAAAAAAAUGCUCUUGUGGAGCUUGGCGGCAUCAAAGGUAGAUUGGCAGAUACAGGGAGACCCGGCAAAACUGGUCACGCAUAGGGGUAGGAGACGCACCAGACGUUACCGGGACGAGAUGAAUGAGAGUUCUACCAGCAGAUCUUCAACCUCAAGACAACAAGCUGGAUGUGGCGUUUGCGGUCAAUUGGGCCAUAACAGGAAGACAUGCCCUGAACUUUGA